AAGCCCUGAGCCGCCUGCGCUCGGCCCUUCUUGCCCGCGCCAGAGCAGCAGCACCAAUGGCUCAGGAAACAGUGCUCUUCUCUCCCUCUGAGAAAGACUUCAUCUUGUCCCCUCACAGUAAGAAGGCUCCCAAAAGGAUGGCAUCCCUGAUGGAGCUGAAGGAGAUCUUCCGCAGCGCCGAUGCCGUGUGCUUCGACGUGGACAGCACCGUCAUCAGGGAGGAGGGCAUCGACGAGCUGGCCAAGUUCUGCGGGGUCGGGGACGCCGUGGCUGAGAUGACCCGCAGAGCCAUGGGUGGCACUGUCACAUUCAAGGCAGCUCUCACAGCACGGUUAGGUCUCAUCAGGCCCUCCUAUGAACAAGUGCAGAAAUUAAUAUCUGACAACCCACCUCAGCUAACUCCAGGAAUAAGGGAGCUGGUGAGCAAACUCCACCAACGAGGGGUUCAGGUGUUCCUGGUCUCGGGGGGCUUUCAGAGCAUCGUGGAACACGUGGCCCUGCAGCUGAACAUCCCCACAGCAAACGUCUUUGCCAACAGGCUCAAGUUCUACUUCAACGGAGAAUAUGCAGGGUUUGAUGAAACACAACCAACAGCUGAGUCAGGGGGGAAAGGAAAGGUCAUCACUCAUCUGAAAGAACAGUUCCAUUUCAAGAAAGUGGUCAUGAUUGGAGAUGGAGCUACAGACAUGGAAGCCUGCCCCCCUGGAGAUUGCUUCAUUGGAUUUGGAGGCAAUGUGGUCAGAAAGCAAGUGAAGGAGAAAGCCAAGUGGUACAUCACCCACUUUGAUGAACUGCUAAAGGAGCUGGAAGAGCGAUAAAUCCUCCUGUAAAAUAAUCUAUUUAACACCUGUAAAUCCAUUCCACAAUGCCAUUAAACAUUUAUUUGUUUGCAAACUC